AUCCGGGAAACUUGCCGUCGUCUCCUACAGGACUGUACUGAAGUAGUAAUGGCGUUCAAAUCAAAAUGGUGGGAGAAGUGGCUUGCAAGGGCUUUUCAUGUCUUGCUGACAUCGGGGGUUGUAACAGUGGUUUUCAUUAAAGAGACAGAUUUGAGAAAGUCAAUCGAAAGUGAUAAGCCGGUAUAUGCAGCCUGCUUCCUUUCCUUGCUGUCAGCUGCCACGAUUUGCUAUUUCUUGGCCAGUUUAAUUGAUCCAGGCUAUGUCAGCACUAAGUCAAGUAAUGUCAAUAUUGAAGAUGGAUUGAUAUGUCAGGGCAAGGAAAUAGCCAGUGCUGUUCAAAGUGUAGACUCCAAUGAUGAAAAAGAUGAAGAAACAGAGACAACCAGAAUGAUGUUGGCAGAAGGAAAUGCAUUAAAAUUACGACACUGUGGUUACUGUGAAAUUUUGCAACCUCUUCGAUCAAAGCACUGUGAAGAAUGCGGCCAUUGCAUACGCAAGUAUGACCACCACUGUCCUUGGUUGGCAACUUGCAUUGGAGAAAAGAAUCAUCGCUUUUUCUGGGCAUUUUUGCUUCUUGAAACGGCAGUUGUUUGCUGGGUCAUUAACAUAGUGUGGAAUGCCUUCAAAUCAAAGAGUACCAGCAAUGAGUGGUUAAAGGCAAACUGGUUACUUCUCUGUGUGAUGAUUUUUGUGGUGUUGAUUCUAAUUGUCGUUGGGCUUCUAUUUGCUUGUCAUUCAUAUAUGAUGCUCACUGCACAAACAACAUGGGAGUUCAUGUCAAGGUCUCGAAUAAGCUACCUGAAGUACUUUCCAGAUGAUGAAAACCCUUUUGAUCAAGGAUAUUUCAAAAAUUCAAUGGUAUUUUUAUGUUACUGCAAGCCAAGGACUUGGGAAAAAUUAAUCAAAGAAAAAAUACAUUGGAGAUAGUUUUUGUAAAAAUUUGUCUAUCGGUUGUAGGAGGUGCAACUAGUUUAUUUUUAUCAGCUAGUAAUUUUUUAGGCUAAAGAUAAAGUGUGAUACAUUAGUUUUUAUCUGAUUAAACAUCUUAGAUUGUAAAAUUUACUGGCAUGCUGUUUAUUUGGAAUGUUGUUGCAAGGGAUAGGGUCUAAGGCUACACAAUGUUUUGGUAGAGAAUGUCUGUAGUUUUUGUUAACAGUAACUAGUCACUACAUGACAUAAGAAAAAUGUUUAAUUGGAAGCUGUAAACACUGUUAAGUUGAUGCUUAACUUUCAUGAAUAACUUUUAUGUGAAGAUUUAGUGCCAGGACAGUAUGUGACAAUGGCAUACUAAUUUAUAAAUAAGCUGUUGUAUUCCCUUCAGAUGGAUUUUGGUGGUCUCAGUAAUAAAGAAUUUCUACUCUACAAGUACUGCAUGCAAAUUUACCAAAUACGUAGUUAUAAAUAUUUUGAUGUUUAGCCUUUUGAUGAGGAAUGUUUCCUCUGCUUGGAAUUUAUCAUGCCUGUGUCACCUUCAUAUGUUGGUUGAAAUAUAUUUAUGAUUCUAAAGGAUCAAUGUAUAAUAAUAUGUAUAGAAAGAAUGCACCUGGGUCAUUGUUAAUAUAACAUUUUCUUCUUUUUUGUAUCAUAUCUCAUGGCUACACUCUCUCUCUAGAGGGAUUUGAAGUAAAUAUUUUCGAAAAAUUUUCAAAGUUGUUUGACCCCAGCACAAUUUAAGAAGAUAAAAAAGGAAUAUAAUUUUUUUUGGCUAGCUUCUAAAUCUAUUUAGCAAAGUUUCUUACAGUAUUAGUGGAAAUUGUCAAAGUGCAUCGUGUGGCCAAAGCAACGAGACAGCAAAGGACCAAUUUUUUUAACAAUGUAUCAAUUUUUCACUUGUUCAGCCAUUUAAUUCAUGAAAAUUGUUGGAAUUCAAUUUAAGAUAUCAUAAGCUCUUUUCUGAGUGCGCCUAAAUGUGGUUGCAAAUGGCAGUUUCAGUGGUCUCAGAUUUCUGACAAAUGCUUCUGAAUUUAAAUACUUUGGAAACUGCAUUAUGCAGCUGUUGAACCAAAGUUAAUUAUCUUUGCUUAUUGUAUGAAGUAGUUUUUAAGAUUGGUUGUUAAAUAUGUAUUUGUGGUCCACCCUAAUUAUUAGUUUGAUAUUUAUUAAUGUAUAGUUGUUUAAAGUUUUUCGUGUUUACCAAAAAGAGUAAACACUAUCUUUCGA